GUAAAUGUAACAAUAAAUAUACGAAUAGGUUUGGUCUCAAAAUCCUAUAGUCUAUACACAACGGAUAUAAAAACGCGCAUACAUUAGCCUUUUGACACGAUUAUAAUAUAAGUAUACACAACCCUCUCUCUCAUACACAUUUUUUCCUCUAUCUUCCAUCAUCACUAGUCACGACCGCACACAAAAGGAGAAUAAAUCAUUUGAGAGAGAGAGAGAGGUACACCAGUGGCAAACUCGUAAAUAAAGAUAUGUCAAAAGAUUGCGGUAACCACGGUGGUGGCAAAGAAGCAACCGUCCGACGAAUCUGCGCCGCCGUAAUCGCCUUCAUCUUAAUAGCUCUCAUCACCAUCUUCCUAGUUUGGGUCAUACUCAGGCCAACUAAGCCAAGAUUCGUACUCCAAGACGCCACCGUCUACGCCUUCAACCUCUCCCAACCAAACCUCCUCACUUCGAACUUCCAAGUCACACUCGCAUCCCGUAACCCUAACUCCAAGAUCGGAAUCUACUACGACCGUCUCCACGUCUACGCCACGUACCGGAACCAGCAGAUCACUCUACGCACGGCGAUCCCUCCGACGUAUCAAGGCCACAAAGAUGACGACGUUUGGUCGCCUUUUGUCUACGGAACCGCCGUUCCGAUCGCACCGUACAACUCCGUAGCUUUGGGAGAAGAGCAAGGCCGUGGAUUCGUACAGUUGCUGAUACGCGCCGACGGGCGCGUGAGGUGGAAAGUGGGGACGUUGAUCACCGGAAAAUAUCAUAUACAUGUUCGUUGUCCGGCUUACAUCAAUCUUGGAAACAAAGCUGCUGGUGUUCUUGUCGGUGAUAACGCCGUUAAGUAUACGUUGGUUACUAAAUGCAGUGUGAACGUUUAGAAAGUUUGACGCCGUUAAGUUGCUUUUCUUUUUUUAUUCUAUCUAUGAUCAUAUCAUUUUCUUGAAAUUACCAAACUUCUUCUUCCCACCAGCAGGAUAUUAUUUCUGUUUCUAUCUAUAUAUAUAUCUUUAAAAUGUCACUACUUUUGGUUGUUAUAUUAAGCUUUAAUUGUUAAUUAGUAUAGAAUUAUUACAAUCACAACGGUCUGUGGUUGGAUUUUAAUUGUAAAUCCACUAAAGUUGAAAUAAAAUGGAGGAUUUGGGUUUGGUUCUUUUCAA